AUGUCCCACUACAACUCUCUACCAAUCAAAAGCAGCCGUCACGGCCAGGGUGGGCGGAGUCCGGCCAAGGCCUUCCUGCGUCGCAUGGAGAUGAUGCGUACCUGGGGGCCGUCCUCCAGGAGGAAGUCAGGAAGUGGACGGGCGCCGCUCGUCAUCAGUGGGCCGGUCCUACAUGGGGAGGAGCCCCAGGCGCUACAGACACUCCACUGUGUUCCCAUCAAUCAAUCAGAGGACAGUCAUCAUCCUCCCCACCAAUCAGACGAAAGCUCGUCCCCUAUCGCCCACGGCAACGGCAGCAAGGGUGUGAGUUACAUGCGUCCCAGUGUGAGGGAGUCUGUCUCCAAGCCUCGGCCUAAAAGAGGAAGUAUGUAUCUGGAAGACAUGGAGCUGCUCUCUGGCGCCCCCCAUGGCCGGAGGACUGAAGCACAACAGAGCCCGUUCAGCAGGAACCACUACCGCUCCUACGAGGACCUGCUGGUCCACAUCCCCAAGAACCAUAAACCAGGCACCUUCCCCAAAGCCCUGUCUAUAGAGAGCCUAGCCCCGGCCACUGACCACCAGCACCAGAACCCCUCUCCCUCCCCACUCCACCCCAGCAAAGGCUCCCCCUGGGCUCUGUCCAAGAAGCCCCCCUGUCCUGGAGCUCCGCGGGGCAGCAGGGUCAGUGUGUAUGACAAUGUCCCCGGGUCUCACCUGUACGCAUCCACAGGUGACCUGCUGGAUGCGGACCGAGACGAUAACCUGUUCCCCCACCUGGAUGACAUCAUCAGUCACAUCAGCGGGCUGCAGCAGAUUGUUGACCACUGGAGUCGCGGCGUGCUGCCGGAGGGUGGGGCGGGGGAUGAGGGGGAGGGAGAGCGGGGUGAGGAGAGGGAGGGAGAGCAGGGUGAGGGGGAGGGAGAGGGGAGGACCACGCCCAGUGAGGGGGAGAGAGAUGGGAGGACCACGCCCAGUGAGGGGGAGAGAGAUGGGAGGACCACGCCCAGUGAGGGGGAGAGAGAUGGGGUCUCCCUGAAUGACAUAGAGUCUACAGGGACCAGAGAGAGGAGAGACUCUGGAGUAGGAGCUUCCCUUACCAGACCACGGUGAGUGUCUGUCUCUCUAAUGUAACCUUUACGUACUGUAUCCUGGUCAGUCUCUCUGAGAUUACAUUUCUUGUCUUUCAUUUCUCUCUCUCUCUCUCUCUCUCUCUCUCUCUCUCUCUCUCUCUCUCUCUCUCUCUCUCUCUCUCUCUCUCUCUCUCUCUCUCUCUCUCUCCCCCCUCCCUCCCUCCCUUCCUUCCUCCAGUCUGCGGUGGCCGAGCUUCCGCCUCUCUGACCGUCUGCGCCAAUCAGGCUCCGCACUGCAGAUCAGUAGCCAAUCAGCAGGCCAGCUCAGCCUGCUCCAGAAGUUCUCUCUGCUCCGACUCACAGCCAUCAUGGAGAAUUACUCCAUGUCUAACAAACACGGUUGGACCUGGUGGGUACACGCACACACACACAUGAAUGCAAGCAUGCGCUUGUACACACACACGAUCACGAUAACACACACACUACACACACACACACACACACACACACACACACACUCACUCACUCACCUCCUCUACUCUCUCUCUCCCAGGUCUGUCCCUAAGUUUAUGAAGCGGAUGAAGGUCCCUGACUACAGGGAGAGGAGCGUGUUUGGUGUUCCCCUCAUCGUUCACACACAGCGCUGUGGCUACCCCCUACCUCUUUGUCUACAGCAGGCCCUGAGACAUCUCACUAUGCACUGCCUCGACCAGGUACACACACACACACACACACAGUUGCGUAAGUCAGGUGUGAAGUCUCGUAUCCGGGCAUUGAGACAGUAGUGUAACGCUUUCGCUCUCCUCUCCCCCUCUCUCCCUCUCCCUCUCCCCCACUCUCCCUCUCCCCCACUCUCCCGCUCCCCCUCUUUCCCUCUACUCCUCUCUCGCUCUCUCCGUCUCUCCCUCUCUCCCUCUCUCCUCUCCCCCCACUCUCCCCGCUCCCCCUCUUUCCCUCUACUCCUCUUUCCCUCUACUCCUCUCUCCCUCUCUCCCUCUCUCCCUCUCUCCCUCUCUCCCUCUCUCUCCCUCUCCUAGGUGGGUCUGUUCCGUAAGUCUGGUGUAAAGUCUCGUAUCCAGGCGUUGCGACAAGAGUGUGAGUCCAGUCCUGACAGUGUGUGUUACGAGGACCAGUCAGCGUACGACGUAGCAGACAUGGUUAAACAGUUCUUCAGAGACCUUCCUGAACCUCUACUGACCAGCAAGCUGGGAGAGACCUUCCUCCAUAUAUACCAGUGUAAGAACACACACACACACUGACGCACAUGCACACACACUCAUGGAAGCACACACACACACACACACACACACACACACACACACACACAUACACACCCUUGAUCCAUAAGUUCUCUCUUUCAGCUCAAUGCAAUUCAAAUAUCCUUGAUUUGUAUGACUGAUUUUAAGGUGUCCACCCACUCUGCCCAGAGUGGGUGAAAAAGCGCUACAGUGAUGACAUUUUACUUCCUUGUGUUAUAAAAUACAUUUUACCAAGACGAAUAUGAUUAUUCAUGUUCUGAAUCAUUCAGUGGGGUCUUUCUCUAACAUAUCAUUAACAUUAUAUCCAAAAAGUUGGAUUUCGUAACCUAAUACAUCCGAUAAUAAGCACCAAGCUCUGUUGACAAAGCGGUGCAGGGUUGUCAUAACAACUUUUCAGGAUUUUACAUUUUGUGGUUGUCGUCUUCAAAGUUGUUUCCGUGGGUCGCAAAAAGCAACAUUAGCAUGACACGAGCUGAAUGAAAUGUAAAAGGCUUUGAAAAUCAAAAUCUUGGUAUACGUUCAGUGCUCCGUUUGACAUUUCACCGAGAUAUGCUUGUUUUUUUGGAGAAAUCUUUGAAAAAUAAAAGGGAUUUCGAAUUAAUAUGAAAAGCUUAUACUCAAAUAAGAAAAUACCUCAUGUCGUGUCUCAAAAUCGAUAUAUCCAUCUUACCUCUAUAUUGUUUUAUGUCCUGCGGAUUGGAGAAGAAAGAUGAUGAGUUCAACGGGAAAGUGAGCCUGCCAGGUAGCCAGUAGCCUUAAUCCAGCCUAGCUGACAAGAUGACAUUUUCCUGAUUUCCUCUGGGUGAUCUAGUCACCCUGAUUCAUGUCCAUCAUCCUACAAGGGUAAAAUCUCCAAUAACUUUAGAACAGAUUAUGAUAGAGACCGUUGGUUUUCUUAGAGGAGUAUCUAAACAAUUGCCAUAUUUUACCCAUUGGUCAAAAGAUGCGUUUUGAUUGGACACCCUACUGAUUUGUAUAUCCACAAUUUUUGAAACACAGAAAUCAUUGUAUGUUCCUAAUUCUCCUGCAUAUUUCCCUCCCUCCCUCCCUCCCUCCCUCCCUCCCUCCCUCCCUCCCUCCCUCCCUCCCUCCCUCCCUCCCUGCCUGCCUGCCUGCCUGCCUGCCUGCCUGCCUGCCUGCCUGCCUCCCUCCCUCCCUCCCUCCCUCCCUCCCUCCCUCUAUCUGUCUCAUCCUCUCUCUCUCUCUCUCUCUCUCUCUCUCUCUCGCUCUCUCUCUCUCUCUCUCUCUCUCUCUCUCUCUCUCUCUCUCUCUCUCUCUCUCUCUCUCUCUCUCUCUCUCUCCCUCUCUCCCUGUAGAUGUCCCUAAGGAGCAGAGGUUGCAGGCCGUGAGAGCGGCCAUCUUGCUUAUGUCAGACGAGAACAGGGAAGUGCUCCAGACGCUGCUCUGCUUCCUGUGUGAUGUCACUUCCUGUGUAGAGGAGAACCAGAUGACCCCUAUGAACCUGGCUGUGUGUCUCGGCCCCUCCCUGUUCCACCUCAACAUACUGAAGAAUGACAACCUGUCCCCCAGGUACACACACACACACACACACACACACACACACACACACACACACAUAAAUACACAGAACAUCUGCUGACCUGUACUGCAAUAACAAUGUGGUUUAGUUUUAAUGUGGCAUAACAUUCCUCCCACCUGCUCCCCUCUGCAACCAUCUCACUAACUCCUUCCCUCUGUCACUAACUCCUCCCCUCCUCUCCUCCUAUAGGUCGAUCCAGAGGAAGUAUGCUACAGGCCAGCCGGACCAGAAGGACCUGAGUGAGAACCUUGCUGCCACACAGGGCCUGGCUCACAUGAUCACUGAGUGCCAGCACCUGUUUGAGGUGAGAAACAUCUCAUCUUAA